AUGAUCAUUUUGUUAACGUCAUCGCGGACUAUAGCCCGUUUCGAUGCAGCCCGUCAAACAUGGAUUGCCCAUCUCUCAGCGAUGAAGUCAAUAGACCUAGACCAGAAGUGCUUAUACUCAUCUAUUCGCUGUCUCGAAUAUUUUGAGUGUUGCCUUAAUAUAUCUAAUGGCAAAUCAGCAAAGCUCAUUAUUGUAAGCGAUGAGGCUGAUCCGCAACGUGGAAUAGUAACAUUGCUAGAGCUCCAUGGAAAAAUAAACUAUCUUGAUGCGCAGCAUCGGCAGCUUAAAAUGAUCAAGCAUCUUAUAAAAUUCGACAGGCGUCUCAUUGCACAUAUUAGAUGGGUUGCUUUGACCGAUGAUGAUACUUGGCUCAAUGUCAAUCAAAUUCUUGCUGUGUUAUCAAUGCUCGACUGGCAAAAGCCAAUGGCUGUUGGCCAUAUUUUAACAGAACAAGAGAGCACUAAAGAUCUACUAUAUGCCUCCGGGGGAGCAGCCCAUUUAUAUUAUCUACCAAAAGUCCAUAAACUUGGCACUCCACUUCGGCCAAUUGUCUCUGAACUCAAACAUCCAACUAUAAAAAUAUCAAAAUUACUCGACGGAUUACUCCGACCUUUUUUUGAUGGAAUGGUAUCAAACACGACUGUGACUUCUGGAACUGAAGUUAUCAAACUGUUACAAGAAUGGUCAAAACGUAAUAUACGUCAAGAAACUUUACUAUGCACAAUGGAUGUGAUGGAUCUGUAUACAAUGAUACCCCAAACAGAAGGUUUUUUAUCAAUUAAAAAAAUGUUAGAUUACUUAAACAUUAAACAAAUUGAUGGUUUAAAAAUGGAAACCAUUAUGCGUCUAUGUAGAUUCGUGAUACAAAAUAAUUAUUUUUCUUACAAUGGUAAAUAUUAUCAUCAAGUACGAGGUUGUGCUAUGGGUUCACCGUUAACGUUAACAAUUGCUAACUGCUAUAUGUUCUUUUUUGAACGAGACAUCGUUAAACAAAUUAGCAAUAGCAAUGGAUUCUAUAUACGAUACAUCGAUGGUAUAUUUAUUACCAUCAACUGGCCUACUCAACAUUUAUCGAAACAAUCGAUCGAUGGAAUAAAUUCGACGUUAACAUUAAAUUAA